GCACAAUUAUAAUUGGAGCCACUUCUUCGGUAGAUCCUGGAUCAACCAGGACACGAGGAUCACGACAGUGCGAACUAGUGCUGGAGAUAUAAAGACGUGGGUGUCGAUACAGCUCAAUCUGUCCUCCCGUUUGCUAACAGAUAAGGAAGCCACAGAGCUGGCACGGUAGCAAACAGGUAACUUGUGUGGAUCUCAGCAACGAAGAAAGAGUCAGAGAGAAGAUGGUGUGGUUCUUCGCACUGUGGUCGUUGUGCUUUAUUAUUACUGCCGAAUGCAGAUAUCCAUACUACAGGCCUUCUUACACCAACCAAUGGGCUGUAAAAAUUCUUGGAGGCAAUGAGGAGGCUAGGCGCCUCGCCAUCAAAUAUGGCUUUGACUACGUGGAUACGUGGACGCAACAGCAGACAGCAGUCAAAAGACAACUAGCGAAAUAUGGAAAUCUCAACGUGAACGACCCAUCAUGGUACUACCAGCAGUGGUACAUGGGCAGUGGGAGGAAUCUAGACAGUAAGAUCACACAAGCUUGGUGUAUGGGGAAAACUGGACAGAACGUUCUUGUGGCGGUGGUAGACGACGGCGUGUGGUCUAGGCACAGAGAUCUUAAAGACGCAGUGAAUCUAGAUAAGAGUUACGACUACCAAAGAAACUGGGCUGGAUCAUCCGAUCCCGGGAACCUGUGGAGCGACAAGUGAGUGACAUGUACAGUC